AUGUCUCGUCGCUCUUCGACUUCCCAGGCACUCCAAAGCACUCCCACCCGUGGACUGGAAAAUAUUGGAGGCAACUUGGAAGAAAUGAUGGAAAGCCUCAGGGCCGCCUACAAAGAAUUGAAGCAUGACUUUGAGAACAUGAGGAAAGAGCACGAAAAACUCAAGUCCAGCUUGCAGGAGCACCUCCGGGAAGGAGACGAACUUAAACUUCAGCUGAACGCCACGGAAGGAAGACUCCAAUAUCUGGAGGCUAUUAGCCUGCAAAUAACUCCCCGAACGUGUCAGACUUUGGCAGACUUGGGAGUGACACGGACAGGAGAAUACCUCGUGGAUCCUGACGGAGUGCUGAUCGGUGAUGCACCCAUCAAAGUGCUCUGUAAUAUGGAGAGAGAUCCAGUAUCCACGAUUGUUCUCCAUGAUUCAAUGGGAAACACUGAGAUAGAGCGAUGUGCUGAUCCUGGAUGCUACAAUCACAGUAUUAGUAUGACUGUUUCACGGCGGCCCUCUCAGCGGGAGACGUACACUAUGCAUGGUGGGUGGACCGUCACGGCGAACCUCAGUACCACUGGCACGGACCAAACGCAGGACAACACAUGUGCAAAUGCGGGCAAGACUCCACCCCCUGAUAAUCCAGCAGAAUCCUGUUCAUCUCUUCACCGAGCUGGAAACACUCAUCCUGGUUAUUACCUGAUCAACUCCAAGAAAGGUCGCUUGGAUGUUGUUAUGUGUAGGAUGGAUUUGGAGGAGACCGACCCGAAGUUUCAGGAGGAGACCACUGCACGUAUAGAAGGGGAGGGGUUUCUUCAUGGUAAGGUUACGUCUCCAGGCAAUCCAGCGGAAUCCUGUUCAUCUCUUCGCCAAGCUGGAAACACUCAGACGGGUUAUCACCUGAUCACCAACAAAGAAGGGCGGAAAUCAAACUCAAUGGAAUAUUCCCGGGUCUUGGGUCCUGGUGCAGGGGUGCAGCAUGGCCAGGGGCCUGUUGCAGUAACGUCCCAGGGGCCUGUUGCAGUAACGUCCUUACAUCACACUCUUGCGAAACGUCAAUGUGAGAUGGAGCCUGGACCCCGAUGA